GAUUUAAGCGGCGGAGGGGGGCCUGCGACUGAUCGAGGGCUGAGCAAACGACGGAUUGUGCCCCAUACUAAUCCGAUCCCUUGUAGAAAUCCAACAUUAAAUCCAAACUUUUUUUCUGCCUCGUCUGUCUUUCGCCUGUUCUCCCUCCACACCACCCCCACCACGUCGAGGCGACCGCGGCGCACGUACUCCGCUUCAAGUAGCUUUUUUUUUUUCUUAAUUUAUUUUUUUGAACGUUGAAUCCUUUCGCCAAUUACGAGCCGAAGCUGUUAAAAAUGGUAGUUUAAAUGGCCAUGUGUUGCACCGCGAGUGUUUUACGGUACGGAUUCGAGCGCUAGGACGCGUCCAAAGGGGGGGGGUCUGCUGGGCGGCGAGGGAGGAGGAGGAGGGGGUGCGAGUGUUUUCAGACACAUCUGUAAACGGAGCCCACGUUCAUUAAUUAAAUGGCUUUGGUCCGGCUAGGCCUCAAUUUGCGCUGUUGAGCUGCGGGCGGCGGGCGGUGCGACGCUAGAUGCCCGACUGGCAGCCCACAAUCACACGGGAGGAGUCCGGAGAGACAGUGAGUUGUGAAAGCAAUGGAGUGGCAGAGUGGCUGUGCCCCCUGUGCCAAAAAAGGCAAUCUGACAGAUCCUCCCUGUCUCUACAUCUCGCCGAGCAACACAGCGUACUUCCAUCUUGUGUCGACAAACUGCUGGACAUUGCUGUUCUAAAACAGGGUGGCAGUGGAGCAGAGGACACAAGCACUCUAAAGUUUUCAAGUGCUGAAUCUUCACAACUGAAGCAGACCGACGACGUCUGUACAGAUCCCUGCCAAUCUAGUGCGAGUUCAGACGCCACCCAGACGCUGGGAGACAAAGAGAUGGAGGAAGAGAGAAUGGUAGAACGGGAGGGAGGUGAAGCUGGGCCAGAGCCAGAAGAGGAGGGAAAUCCAGUCACAGGAGCCAAACAUCAAAAUGCAACUGGAAACGCAGAAAUGCCAGACAGCAGUGAAAAGGCAGUUGGUAAAAAUGGCGCACCAGCUGAAAAUAACACCCAGUCAUUCAAAUGCAAUGCCUGCCUGGAAACAUUUUCUGGCAAAACAGCCUUGAAAGUUCAUUACAACUCUGCAUCGCACAUUCAGAGGAUGACAAAAGGCCCAGAAAAGCAAGGUGGGGACAUUGAUCCCCCGGCUCCCUCGGUUCCUGUCCUCCCUCGGCCAUACAAACCCUACCAGUGUGCUGUGUGUCGAGUCUCUUACAAUCAUGCCAUCACCCUCGAGAGCCAUAUGAAAUCUGUACUGCACCAGACCCGCAGCAGAAAUGCUGGAAUUGUCACACAAGCAGCAAACAGUGCAGCCGCCUCUUCUACCGCCACCAGUGCUCUCAACGCUGUAGUGACCACGUCCGGAAGUGGCGCCAGUCAGUUCGUUACCAGCACCACCUGUGCUGCUCCAGGGGCCGUGAUGGCGACUGCCACGAAAGACGAAGAGCAGAUUCCAACUUCCCAAGUGGCCGCCUCCCUCCUCACCUCCCCCGUGGCCUCGGCUCAAGCGGUCUCGGCCUUUCUCACCCUCCUCACGUCCAAUCCCAACACUCUCUCGCACUCCCUCCUCCCCUCCCUCUUCGCGGCUGGUGCUGCUCCCGGUGCCGCCGUGCCACAGCUCGUGCCUCAUUCUCAAAUGGUCAUGCCCUUGAUCUUGAAUGGACUCCAAACCCAGCAGCACAUAGAGAACCAGCAAGGCCAGCUCCUAACCCAGUGUCUGCCGUUCGUGGGUCUCAGCACAGCCCAGCAAGCCCUCUUAACCCAAAGACUUACCAGCUUACAGAACCAGUGGCCCUCUGCAGGGGUUCCAACAAACCUACAGCCCUGCCUAGAGCAGCAGACUGUAAAGUGUGAGAGAGAACAAGAGAGACAAGACCAUGACGAGACUCACAGCAAGGGUAGGAAUAACUGGACUACAGAGAACCUUAAAUCUGAGAAACGUAUCAAAGAGGACAGUAAAGAAACUGCACAGUGUCCUAAUAUUGAAGAUAAAGUCAGUGGUGAGAAUAGCGAAGACAAUGGGAAGGCGCGCAGAGAUAGCACAACAGAUGGAGACCACUCGACUGAUCAGUUGGACCUGGAAGGUGAUAAAGCAGCUAGCCUCAAUCUCUCCCCAGUGGGCACAGAAAGGAGCCUCCGCAAUAAAAAUCUCUCGCCUUCUGCAUCUGUGCCCAGCAACUCGAGCCUCAGUCCUUUGAAUUUAAAUCUUACACUGAGCCCCGAUUCUACUCCUCAAAAAUCCCACUCGGGCAGAAGCCCAUGCGGCUCUCUUGGCACCCCAAAAUCUAGCCCGAGCACACACGCCUUAACUAAGAACCAAACUCGACCUCGUUGCAAUGCAAUGGGAUCCAUUAAUCCAGACCUUCCAGUGCUGUCAGAGUUCCAGUCGGAGGUUCUCUGGGCAUUCUUCGAGUCCCGAAGUGAGGCUGACGCCGCUAGCCCCCCCCGCGAGGACUGUGAGGCGCUGGGCAGAGAGGUGGGACUCUCUGAGGAGGAGGUACGCAAGUGGCUGGGCCAGGCCCGACAUGCAAAACGCAGGCAGAGGGCGACCCAGUUGGAACACCUGCAACGCCUGGCCGGACUCACAAGGCACGAGGCCGAAAGUUCUGACUGUGACGACGAGGAAAACUCGCUGGUCAUAGCGGAAGGGGAGGACGACGUCGAAGCGUCGGGUAGCCAGGCGAUGGAUUUGUCGAGUACCAGCAGGAAACGCAAAAAGAGAGAUUCGGGGAGGGAUGUUCCGGGUGAGACCUGUCUCACCUCCGACUCUGAAAAUGAGGUCUACACUUCUGUCAUUGUGUCUGAUGAGGAAAGUCAGAAUGGGUCUUUGAGGGGGGGUCCUGAGAGCCCUGCUAAAGAUGAAGCACAUUGGGAAGUCUCUGGUGACAAGGGGCCGGUUGGGGGAAAGGUCCUGCGCUCCACAACGGUGUUUCUCUCCGAUGCAGAGGAUGAGUACGAGGUUGAGGAGUGCGGAGGGGGUCAGAGAGCAAUCCGGAAGAAACGAAAGGCGGAUUUUGAACGCGACGAGGUGGAGGUGAAGAAGGAGAGACAGGACCCCGAUGUGGAUCUGGAGUUGGAGGCCCAAGGGGAUCCUCCAAGUUCACAGUGUCAUUCUGAUAUUCCGAUCCGUGCGCUCCACUCACUUCCCAUGUCCAUUACUCCUUUUUCUACUCAGUUCCUGAGCCCUUAUGUCCUCUCGCUCAAUCCUUCCGUGGUCGACGGGAGCAAAGCGCCCGUUUUUCCAAACCCGCCCACUAUCACACGCUUCUCCAGCUCUCUACUCUCGCACUCUCUCUCCUCCCACAGCCAAGCUUCCCACUACCUGUCCAAUGGCGGCGACUGUGAGUCCGCUCUGGAUCUCAGCAUGGGGAGAAACAAGAAGUGUGCCUCUUCCUCAUCCUCUCUGGCUGAUAAAAUUGCAGCACAGAAGGGACAGUUGCUGGAUGGGCUCGGUUUGAGGCCCACCUCCAAAGGUCUGGUUGUCGUCCAGGUGAAGCCGGAACCCGUUACUUCCAUGAUCUCUUCCAACAGCAGUUUGAGUCUGUUGAACUGCAACAACAUGACAAAGUCCAGUAUUUACAUGAGGGCAGCAGAGAAAAUGAAUGCCACGCUACUGGACAGGGAGCGAGAGAAGGAGAAGGAGGGGGAGCAGGAUCCGCAGCAGCAGAGGAAGUCCAAAGGAAAACGGUACCGGGAUAUGAGACGUUCAAGGACCAUCAUUCAAGCGGAGCAACUUGACAUUCUGUAUGGCUGCUAUUUCAAAGACCCAAAUCCUGGGAAACACGAGUUUGAACAGAUUUCAGAGUGGGUCCACCUCCCAAAGAAGGUUGUCCAGAUUUGGUUCCAGAACAUGAGGGCGAGGGAACGGAAGGGCGAGGUCAGAUUCAUCAGCGACGGCACCCUGGCAGCGGUUGGUAAACCUCUCAUCAAAUUUACCUGGCCUCUUUCCAAGCCCAUUUUCUCCAACAAGCCCGCUCCAAAUAAUACCGGGUGCAUCACAACUGCUCCGAUUGUGCGCACCCUCAUUAAGACGGAGAGGGAGCCUGUAAAGGAGCUUGGCAAACCUCCCACGGUGAAGAAAAUGGCCCCGGUUCCUAUCAAGCCCAAAGAGGUUGUCUCCUCCACUACAGUGUCUCCCGUGAGCAGCAGCAGUGCUUCUGCAGCACCAAAGACCAAGCUCGAAACCACCAGCAAUGUCACUACGGUCAAAGUGGCACCAAAAGUCCUCCCCCCUGCUCUGGUACCGCCACCCAAGGACCUGAUCCCCAUUGCCCCGCGGCCGACACAGAAAAGAAAGCUAGAAGAGGAAAGCGAGGAGGAGAAGACUGAUGAGGAGAGAGACGAUGAAUGUGAGGUGGCCUCUGGACCAGGAAGCACUAACCGCAUGGUGCCCAAGCUGCCCACAACUCCCAUCAACAACAGGCCUCACGCCACAAUAGUGGUGCCACAGAAACCAAACGGGCUCAACUACUGGACCCCCAAGGUCCCGAUUAAGAUCAACACCCUGUCUAGAGAGCAGCUGGCUCUCCCGGUAUACGGGUCCCCACGCACCACCCCCACUCCUCCGACCUCCAGCACUGCGCCAGUUAGCCCGAGUAACCCAGGUUCUGCCAAAAUGGCCAUCCCCGCCCUCCCGGUUCGAGCCAAAUCCAGCCCGACGGAAAGCUGUAUUCUGCCCCACUCCUCCAACCGCAGGCCACGCACGCACCUGUCCUGCCUACAGCUGUCCAUUCUGCAGUCCUGUUACGAGACCUGCGCCCACCCCAACGCAAUGGAGUGUGAGGCCAUUGGCACCGAGCUCAACCUGCUGCUGAAGGUGGUGCAGAUUUGGUUCCAGAACACCAGAGCCAAGGAGAAGCGCUGGAGGCUGCAACAAGAGAAACUGUCUCCGCUGUCAGGUGGAAAAUUGGACAUGAGCUCUGGGAGCUACCUGCAGUACAACGCCCUCAAAGCCAAUCGUCCCAUUCUGCCCAAACCCGUUCAGCUGACCGUGACGGAACCUCCAGCUUCCCCGAUCGCGGGCCAGCCGGCGCCGAAGGAGACCCUGACGGGCCGCUGCGACGCCUGCAGCUUCUCCUUUGAGUCCCGCGCUGCGGCGAGGGCCCACGUCUUCUCCCCGCUCCACCUGGCGACCCUGAGAACCACUAACUUUGGCCAGCCGACGACGCUCGUCAGCAAGAACGGAACCGGUAACGGAGGCGCUCACUCCGCCGCGCUGACCGGCGCCGGGGGGGAGGGGGUCGUGGAGCUGCCUCCGACUACAGCCACCAGCAGCAGUUAAAGACUCGGAUCACGAUUGGUCUGCACACUGACUCUUCUUGGACCCAUUUGGGCUCCUCAGAUUUCUAUAAACAAAUUUGAGCACUAAACCUCGGAAGCUAAUAUUCUUUAGUUUUUGAAGGUGGCUCCCCCUGCACCCGCUAUCACUCGCUCAUCUUCACUGACCCUAAACUCGUCGAUCGAUUGAUGGAGCUCACCUGAAACCCAAUCCAACAGCAGACUAUUUCCACGCUGCUUCACACUAACUCAGUUGCUGGCUGAUAAGCGAUGGCCGCUUCUCGAGUCUCCUUCAAUCCUUUUAUCCAAACAUUUCCUAUCAUUUCUAAAGGCACCCAACUCGCCCUGCUUGAACUGUCCUACCCUAAAGACUAAUGAAAAUGUGUUUCCUCUUUGGAAAUGGCCAUUUGACCCAAGGCCUGGAAUGUUUUCUGGUAUAAUAACAUGAAAUAACUCAGAAAAUGUAUUUCUCAUGCCUACUUUCACUUCUAGGGCAAAGGUUGCUUGGAUAUAAUAUAACUGGACUGAACCAUCGGGAGAGGAGGAACUGGUUUUAACUGUCACCUUUUUUUAUUUUCUACAGGAGUGAUCUGAAGAGUGUUGUGUCCACUCAUUUGGGAUUAAAAAAAAUCGAGGUACUUUAGAGAGAAUAGAGCUGUUGAAUUGUCCCCAUUUACAUGUUCAUAAUUUUCACGACAAUCCUAAUAGACAGGGCAAAAAGAGGCUGAGGAGCGUAGACACUUGGCACUUUGACACAUUUUACAUUGUUUGAAAUGUUUUUAAGCAUUCAAAUGCAAGUGUCUUUUUAUGGAAAGAUACAUUAAUGCAUGGUGGAUGCCUUAUAAUGAAUCACGUGAAAUAAACUGAUUUUUGCUAGUUAAUAAAACAUGCUUUAGGUGUAAGCAUACUUGUGCAUAAGCAGACCUGGGUAUGUAAAUGAAGACGAGUUUUGUUGCAAAAUGCUUUUAUAUAGUUUUUUUGGGGGGGAGAAAUAUGACAUGUCAUAUUCUGUACCUAGAUCAUAGCAAAUCCUGCCUGUAAAGUUGCCAGCAUCCUCUUGGCCAAGGACUAUAAUAACAUGAAUACCAACAAUCUUGUUUUUAUUACUAAUUACUUUGAUCCUGUGGAUUUCGCCUUCCCUCCAAAUGGUGUACAUCUCAUUUUGAAAUGCAGCUCUUCGAACCUUGAGGGGGGAAAAUAAAUGUAUUUACAUACUGUGGGUGUGUUACGCAUAUGGCCGUCUUGAGAAGAUACGCCACCAGAUAUACAAAAUCCAGCCUGUGUGAUUGUUGUAUAAUGUAAUUAAUUUCAUCCUCACCUGGCCCGGGGAGUCGAACCAAAUUGUUUAAUCUGUUUUCUUUGCCAUGCAUACUGUGCAUAAGACAGGAAAGCUAAGUACUCCACUUUAUUUGCUUCAAUAUUUAUAUAAAUGCCAAUUAUAAGCAAUUAAAAACUGUUAUAACAGACUUUUUUUUUAAAAUUUAGGUCAAAAGUCAAGUCCCUAGAAAUGUUCAAUGCAGGGCUUGAAAUGGGCAAUCCCCCCCCCCCCCCCCUGUUUUGAAACAGAGUUACUACUUCUGGAAAUGUACGUGCUGUGAAAUGAGAUCUCAUAUCUGGAAUCCACAACAAGGGAGAUAGUUUGGUAUUACUAGUAUCCUCAAGGGACUAAUGAAUACUGAAAUCUUGAAAGCAAAUUAGAAAACAUAUUAAACAUGUUGACUGAGAGCUAAUAAGAUGGUGCUGUGUUGAAGGACACCUAACAUACUAAAGAUGUUUUCCUUCAAAUUAAGUUGUAUAUUAAUGUUACUAUUGAUAGUUUUAACAAACAUGCAAAACUAAAAACCUGAAUUUUUGUAAAGAAAUAUAUUAAAAAAAAUAACUGAUAUUCCAAAGUAAUCCUCCCUUUGCUUUCUGUCAUUCAAAAACCAAAAAGCAAACCCUGAGGUCGACAGAGAGCAGGAGAGGUGUUCGUAAAUGCAAACUGUAAAGAACAUCCCACGGCUUGACACUUGCACUAGUCCACAAUUUUUGCACAAGCUACAGGCAUUUCAAAUGAACACAGCCAUUAACAUGGCAUUAAGAGUCACUUGGUGUGUUUUUUGAAACGUGGAGGGGAACAUUUACCUUUCAUGAGUAAUAAUUUGUACUCCGUUGGAAACUGUAUCUUGUGUGUAAAGCAAGGACUGGAGUGCUUUAACUUUCAAGACUGGGAUUACACACACACACACGCGCGCGCACACACACAGACACGGUGUUGCACUGUCCAAACUAGAUAGGUUUUUAUGGAGAUCUGCUUUCUAUUCUCUUAUGUUUCAUUGUCACUUUGAUUAUCACUAUUGUUAUAUCUGUACUACUACUUAUACGAUUUAUCAUUACUACCCAUCACUGUUUUUGAUUAUUAUUGAUUCAUACUGGUUUUAAAUGCCACGUCUCUGCUCAUAUACAAUAUGGUAUUCCUAUGAAUAUUGAACAAUAAUAGUGGCAGUGUUGUUAUGAAUUGUUAGAUUUUUGAUUAAGCUUAUUUCUUUCCUCCUCACUUGUACCUGCCUUUUUGUGUUUGGUCUCCAUUAUGCUUUCUUUGAUAUACAGAAAAACAAAUAAAAUCAGUUGAACAACAAA